AUGCCAUCUUUUACCGCCAUAGCUUUGGAUAGGUUGUUAGAACCUGGAGCAUCAAAAUCUGUCGACAAAUCAGUUCCUAGUUCGAACAACAACUACGCAGUUCCAAAACCGAAGCCCCCUUCAUCAGAAUCAAAGCCACCUUUACCUAAUUCAAACCUGGAGAGGAGGAAUAGUACAGCGUUGAUAGACAGGAGAUGUAAUCGUCCUCAAAUAUCACCUGCGCUGAAGAAAGAAUUGGAGAAAGAUGAGGUGAAUGGGAAUGUGAAUAAUGACAAAAAUGAGGUUGUUGAUUCAAGUAAUGGGCAUUCAGUUACUUUUUUCAUCCCUAAUUCUAUUGAAGGUGACCUUCUGGAUGGUGUAAAUGGGAGUCCUAGUAAAGAGGAUGUUGUGAAUGGUGUCCAUUAUCGACCUAUUGAAGCAGGUCAUGUUAAUGGAAGCCAUGAUGGUGAAAUAGGGAGCAGUAGCGUGCAACUUGGGACUAAUAAUACGAGGAAGGAGUUGGCAAUGGAAAAGGAUGUCUUGAAGCCAAUUGAGCAGAACGUGGAAAGAGAUGGAGACUAUGAUGAUUUCUUUGAUCCUCAAGACUCAAUGAGCUAUUCUAGUAACACUGAUGUCGAGGACACUACUGCAGUUGAGAGUUCUAUGAAGCUUACUGCAGCUACGCCAGUGGGAGAGUUUUAUGAUGCUUGGGAAGAACUAUCCUCUGAGAGUGGGCCACAGCCUUCUCCUUCUCCUCAUCACAAUGGAGCUGAAUUGCGUGAAAUGAGAUUGAGUUUGUUGAUGGAGAUAGAAAAGCGGAAGCAAUUAGAGGAGGCUUUUAUUAAUAUGCAAAAGCAGUGGCAGAGGAUCAGGCAAGAAUUAGCUCUGGUAGGACUUUCCCUCCCUGCUUGUCCUGUUGAUGUACCCGAGAGUGAUCAGCCAUCAGAUGCGGAUCCUGCAGAGGAGAUUUGCCAGCAGAUCUAUUUUGCUCGGUUUGUAUCAGAAUCUAUAGGAAGGGGAAUUGGAAAAGCUGAGGCAGAGAUAGAGAUGGAAGCUCAGGUUGAAGCAAAGAACUUUGAAAUUGCUCGAUUGUGGGACCGACUUCGUUAUUACGAGGCUGUGAAUCAAGAAAUGUCUCAGAGGAACCAAGAAGUUAUAGAAACGGCACGGCGUAAUCGGCAGAUAAGGAAAAGGAGGCAGAAGUGGGUUUGGGGCUCAAUUGCUGCUGCAAUUGCUCUUGGCACGACAGCCUUGGCAUGGUCAUACAUGCCAGCAGUGAGAGGAUCAUCAUCUGCCAGUGAUUCUCAUGCUCCAGAGCAUGAUGAUACCACUGACUUAUGA